UCGUUUUGUAAUGUUGCCAAUCCACUAGCAAGUGUCAUGGCGGCGGUCUUGUUGGCAUACAUUAGGUUAUACGGUGAUUUAUUAUCUAUUAUGGCUAGAUACGCUAAACAGUGAUCAUUAUUAAAGUGAAAAUAUAUAAUAAUUUUUAUUAAUUACCAGAAUCGCCAAGAACAACUACUUUCACUUUCUCAAUUGCAGCCAUUUCUGAAAUACAACAACACGAUACUCCUGCUACAGAAGUACCAACAAUGACUGAAGAGCGACUCGUCACCGAGGUGCCUAGCAGCCUGAAGCAACUGGCCCGACUCGUGGUACGAGGCUUCUAUACGAUCGAAGAUGCCCUCAUUGUAGACAUGCUGGUCAGAAACCCCUGUAUGAAAGAAGAUGAUAUUUGCGAACUGCUGAAAUUCGAAAGAAAAAUGUUACGAGCCAGAAUAUCAACCCUAAAAAACGACAAAUUCAUCCAAGUGAGACUUAAAAUGGAGACAGGACCAGAUGGUAAAGCCCAGAAAGUCAACUAUUACUUUAUAAACUACAAAACGUUUGUGAAUGUGGUGAAAUAUAAACUGGACCUAAUGCGCAAACGAAUGGAGACAGAAGAACGAGAUGCCACCAGUCGCGCCAGUUUCAAAUGCCCCGGCUGUGGAAAGACAUUCACUGAUCUUGAGGCAGAUCAACUCUACGACAUGAUGACACAAGAGUUUCGAUGUACAUUUUGUAGCCAAGUUGUAGAGGAGGACCAAUCGGCACUUCCGAAAAAGGACUGUAGGUUAUUGAUGGCAAAGUUCAACGAACAAUUGGAGCCGCUAUAUAUCCUGCUGCGGGAGGUGGAGGGAAUCAAACUGGCUCCUGAAAUAUUGGAGCCGGAGCCUGUAGACAUCAACACUAUUAGAGGAUUAACAUCAAAACAGCCUUUGGCGCGGCCGCCGGGCGAACAGUGGUCCGGCGAAGCGACCAGAAACCAGGGUCUCGCCGUCGAAGAGACGAGAGUGGAUGUUACAAUCGGCGAGUCUGACAACGCUAACGAUGCUGCGGCGCAGCGCAAAGAGAGGCCCGUCUGGAUGGUGGAGAGUACCAUUGUCAGCAAUGAUCAGGGUGACAGUGUCCAUUCAACAGACGCCACGCUUGAGAAAGCAGCCAGCAACGCAAGCAAUGCCAAAGCGGGCUCCGGGAAAGAAAAGAAUGACGACAUUAUGUCUGUCCUACUGGCACACGAGAAGCAAAACACUGGUAAUGCUACAGCUAACGCUUUGAAGGGAUUAGAACAAGACAGUUCGGAUUCUAGUGACAAUGAAUCCAAAGACCCUUUCAAACUCAAAGACGAAUUGGCCGCAGUCGCUGAAAUGGAAAGCGAAGAUUCAGACACAGACGACAACGCUCCGACAGUGCUGGUGAACGGCAAAGCUGUUCCGCUGACAAGCGUGGACGACGAUCUCAUCGCUCAGAUGACCCCGACCGAGAAGGAAACUUACAUCCAGGUGUACCAGGAGUACUACAGCCACAUGUAUGACUAGCCAACUAGCAAGUAAGAUCAAAACGUAAUUUUAAGAGGAAUAAACAAUCUGUUGAAAAAUUGUUUUUCAGUUUUGUUCCCUCAUAUUCAUAUUUUUAAUUUGAAAGAGUAACUAACCCAGAAAACAAAAUAGUUUUAAAUUAUAAGCAGUUUUAGACUAAUGCAGUUGUCAUAAUGAUCGUCAAAACAGCCUCACAUUAUUGUUUGACAUAGGUACUAUUCAUAUUUUUAAUUUGAAAGAGUAACUAACCCAGAAAACAAAAUAGUUUUAAAUUAUAAGCAGUUUUAGACUAAUGCAGUUGUCAUAAUGAUCGUCAAAACAGCCUCACAUUAUUGUUUGACAUAGGUACCUAUAUUAAAAGUGAUUGUAAUUAUUAUUAAUGCAAUUAGUAUUUAAAAUACAUACAAACUUGAGCUACUUAUAAAAAGAAAAGAAUUUCAAGGUUAUUUCAGUAAUAAGCAAAAUUUUCUGCCGGUGUUUUAUUAAAUUCAGGUCAGCAAAUAGGAAAAACAAUAUAGUAACAA